AUGAUUUGGGCUCCUGCGAGGCGAGUCACUGUCCGAACGUGGACCUUGACGAACUACACUUUCGUUGCACUACCAAAGCGUCAUCAGAACACGAACUCGGCAGCGUCCGCCAAUUCCCGGACUGUCAAGCGGCCAGAAUUCCACGACUACUUUGUUACCCACCUGCCAUCCUCGUCCCUACAUCCAGAUCCCAGAGGACUAUCUAGUUCCUAUCAUAAGUUUCCUCGAUCCGCUUCUGUACCUCAUACCGGUGCGAUAUCACAUCCGCCGACCUCCUUCCAGGCGCUAGUUGACCGCGAGACCACCGUCGUCCGGAUACCGCUGCGCAGUGCGAAACACCACUUCGGUGCUGCUACAUCCCGUGGGACUCGUGUCUCGAAUGAGGACACGCAUCAGGCUGGUGUCCUUGAUAUUCCUGCCUUCGCGAAGCGCCCCCCUGCGUCUGUGACUAUCAAGCGCACCGCUGCGUCUCUGGAGAACCGGGGUGCCGAUAGCGCCAGCGGCGACCCGCAAGUCUUCUACUUUGGUGUGUUCGAUGGGCAUGGAGGGAGCGAAUGCAGCACAUUCUUGAAAGACACGCUACAUGAAUAUAUACAGGACACGGCAGCCCAAUCUGAAUUCCAGUCGAGCCUGAGCAAGGACAGAGAGGGCCACUUUCCCAAGAAUGAGUCGGAGAUCUCAAGGGGCGAUCUGCCCAUCAUACAAGGGGGCAAUCAUAAGAGAAUGGCGGAGAUGGAGAAAACUCUAGUUCAGAAUUGGAGAAGGCUGGUCGGAGGUUACUUCAAGCGAUUUGUGCCGGCCCACUUCUCGUAUCGAGGGAACGGCGCUCAAGGAAACGGGAGCGCGAAUGGGGAAGAUCAUGCGGGGGGUGUCACGAUUGAAGAGAUUCUGGAGUAUGCGUUUCUGCGAGCGGACCUUGACUUCGUUUCAGCGCAAGCCGCCAAAGAAGACGAUGAACUAGCCACGGCUCAUAAGCCUCAGUACCAGGAUGACAUUCUGUACGGGCCGAAGCACACGGAGCGGAUGAAUCUUGGCAGCUACCGACGAUUCAAGGGAGGUAGCACGGCCAGUGUUGCCCUCAUCUCGACUCCGACCCCCACUCCGUUCUGGCACCCAUCCGCGCCGUCGAGUCUACUGAUCUCGCAUGUGGGUGAUACGAGGAUUCUGCUAUGUUCUACUGCAACAGGAGAAGCCAUCCCACUCACAUCCAACCAUCAUCCUUCUUCCCCAAUCGAAGCCAAUCGGUUGAGGCGAUAUGCGGCCACAUUUGUAACCGAUUCCUUUGGCGAGGAACGCAUGAGUGGUUUAGCCAAUACGCGUGCAUUUGGUGACGUCCAGUCGAAACGCAUUGGCGUGUCUGCAGAACCAGAAAUUCGGCGCAUCGAGAUGGGUCCAGCAGAGCACUCAUUCCUAGUCCUCAUGACUGAUGGAAUUAGCGGAACGCUCACCGAUCAAGAAGUUGUCGACAUAAUCAAGGAAGCAAAGACGCCUGACGAAGGGGCUCGGAACGUGGUCAACUUCGCCACGGAAGUGACAAAAGAAGGGGAUAAUGCAACAUGCCUCGUUAUCCGUUUGGGCGGCUGGGAGCGUCGACUCGAAGGAGGACUUGGGAGUCUUGGGACGAAGGAAUCCCGAGAAUGGCGUCGACAAGAAGCAACUGAUCCGCGCAGCUCACGGCGAUGA